AUGCUGCCCUGUAAACUGCCCUGUAAACUGCCCAGUACGCUGCCCUGUAAACUGCCCUGUACACUGCCCUGUAAACCGCUCUGUAAACUGCCCAGUACGCUGCCCAGUACGCUGCCGUGUAAACUGCCCUGUAAACUGCCCUGUAAACUGCCCUGUAAACUGCCCUGUACGCUGCCCUGUAAACUGGCCUGUAAACUGCCCUGUAAACUGCCUAGUAAACUGCUCUGUAAACUGCCCAGUACGCUGCCCUGUAAACUGCCCUGUACGCUGCCCUGUACGCUGCCCUGUAAACUGGCCUGUACGCUGCCCUGUAAUCUGCCCAGUACGCUGCCCUGUAAACUGCUCUGUAAACUGCCCAGUACGCUGCCCUGUAAACUGCUCUGUACGCUGCCCUGUAAACUGCCCUGUAAACUGCCCUGUAAACUGCUCUGUAAACUGCUCUGUACGCUGCCCUGUAAACUGCCCAGUACGCUGCCCUGUAAACUGCUCUGUAAACUGCUCUGUACGCUGCCCAGUACGCUGCCCUGUAAACUGCCCUGUAAACUGCUCUGUAAACUGCCCUGUAAACUGCCCUGUAAACUGCCCUGUAAACUGCCCUGUAAACUGCCCUGUAAACUGCCCAGUACGCUGCCCUGUAAACUGCUCUGUAAACUGCUCUGUACGCUGCCCUGUAAACUGCCCUGUACACUGUCCUGUAAACUGCCCUGUAAACUGCCCAGUAUGCUGCCCUGUAAACUGCCCUGUAAACUGCCCUGUAAACUGCCCAGUAUGCUGCCCUGUAAACUGCCCUGUAAACUGCCCUGUAAACUGCCCUGUAAACUGCCCAGUAAACUGCUCUGUAAACUGCUCUGUAAACUGCUCUGUAAACUGCCCUGUACGCUGCCCUGUAAAAUGUAA